CGUUACGUAAGCAUUUGCCAUUUUGCUCCAUCAAAGGAAAUUUCGUUUCUUGAUUACACAACACCCGAAGAACAGGAAAUCAAAAAUGGCUGCCAAUAGAAGAAAUCAGCAAGGUGGAAUUCAGCUAUUGCUAGAUGCAGAACAACAAGCUCAGUUAAUUAUCAAUGAUGCCAGAAAUGCAAAACUGGCAAGACUAAAACAAGCCAAAGAAGAAGCUGAUAAUGAGAUCGCAAACUAUCGGUCUCAUGUGGAUUCCGAGUUUCAGAGAAAAGUAGCUGGGAAUACCGGCGAUUCAAAUUCUAACGUGAAUCGUCUUGAUCAAGAAACUGAUGCCAAGAUUAGUCACCUGAAGACCGAGGCUGCUAGAAUAUCACUUGAUGUUGUCAACAUGCUCCUCAAGCACACCACGACUGUGAAAAACUAAGCUUGCGAGUGGUAAGGCAAUCUUUUUUCAGUUUAGUUUCUUCGUAGAGCUUAAGACUUAUAUGAAGUUGAUGAGACACUUGUUUCGUUCACAAGGUGGUUAUGUCCUUUGUUGGGAAUAAUGCUAGAGAAACUACUGCUACAUUUUAUUAGACAUCGUCAUUUGUUAUUUUUUCCUGCA